AUAUUAAUCAAAGUUAGCAUAUUUGCACUUGACAAGUAGCAGCACCAGCUGGGAAGCUUGCUCUGUUGCCAACCAAGCAGCAAUAAACACAAGAGUACAAGAAGGUUUAUUAUUCUCAUUUACCCUCCCAAUCACGAAGCUUCCUCUGCUUCUAUCUUCUCGAGAGAGAGUUACUUUCAGAGUUCCAUCACCUACUUUCUACACCAACAAAGUAAAUUCAUUUCAGGCUCUUCUCCUCUUUUCUCAGGUUUGAUUGAUUUUAUCCUUUUCCUCCUCCCUGAUGAGAUGGAUAGAAGGAAUCUGGUUUAUGUCAGAAUUCAGAUACAUCAGUAGAUGGUGAUUCUCGAUUGGAAUGGUUAUCUUUGUGAAGCUUAGAACUAAAAGUUGUUUCCAUCUUGCAGAAGAUAGUAUCCAUUAUCCAAUGCUAUGAUAUGCCAAUAAUGCUUUGUUGGGUAGUCUACCUUGAAAGCUAUAUCAUGAUUUAGACAAACCAAUUACAUGAUACUAAAAACUCUAAUGGAAGAAAAGCAAUUAGAUUUUAAUCAGCCUCUUUUAUCAGUAAGGCGAUUCUCAUCAACAGUGGCCUCUGAAAAUGACAAUAAAAGGAAACCUGAUAAAUCAUCAGCCAAACUACCUCCUCUUCCUGUUUAUAGAUCAGAGUUAAAGUCAGGUCCAGUGGCUAAUCCUGGAACUGUUCCUUUUGUGUGGGAGAGGAGUCCUGGAAGACCUAAGAAUCAAAGCAAAUUACAAACACAGGUUGUUGAACACCCUUCCAUUACUCCAAAGCUUCCACCAGGGAGGGUUUUAAAAGUUGAACAGCAAGAUUAUGAUAAAGUUAUUCAAUCUAGAACAGGAAGCAGUGUUUCAAACUCUCAUGGUGUUGCAUCUUUAGAUAAUAAAGUGACAAAACAUGAAAGCCUGAAAGAAGUAAUUGAGGAAAAGGAAAGUUGUGGUUCAGAUGAUGGGGAUGAGACCUAUGUAGAUGCUCUUGACACUCUUUCUAGAACUGAGUCAUUCUUCAUGAGCUGCAGUGUGAGUGGUUUAAGUGGAUGGGAUGAUCAAGAGGUCAAACCAUCUGGAAAUUUUUCAACCGAUCAACAAGCUCGUGAUUUCAUGAUUGGCAGGUUCUUGCCUGCAGCAAAGGCAAUGGCUUCUGAAACACCUCAAAUUCAACACAACUCUAGGAAGCCACUUGUUACAAGAGAACAACCAAAACAGGUGAGGAAAGUUGUAAAUGGAGCAAAGUCCCGUCCCGUUAAUCAGAAAUGGCAAAAGGUUAUGCCUCAUUAUGCUCGAGAUAUUGGUAGGGAAGAAAGUGAAGAUGAGAGUGAUGAUAAUGAAGGAUAUGAAAACUACGCUCCCAAAGUUUGUGGGCUUUUCCCUCGCUUCUGCCUUUUGAAUCCAAUGCCAGGAUUAAGAAUGGAGGAUAGAAUUCUAAGUUCUGCAGUUCAUGGAAGACAGGGUAAAUCAAUUGCUUCUCACAGAAGAACUGCAAAAGAGCAUGGUAGAACUGCUAAUUAUGGGAAAAAAUCAGUACACUCCCAAUCUGGCUUUACGGAAGAGAGAGAUUUUCUGGGUACUGUUGAAAAAUCUAACCAUGGUAUUGAUUCUCAUCGCAUAGGUUGCAGCAAAUCAUUAGCCUGUGAGAGCACUCAAUUUGAAUCAAGCUGUGAAAGCCCUGUUGUUGAGAAAACUCUAUAUGUUGAUUCUGUGCAUAAGGUCAAAACUUCAAGUUCAUGUUCUUCAGAUACCAAUCACAGAGGUGAUGAUUUUGAGACUUUUAGAAAAGACCCCAGUAUUGAUAAAAAUCUCUCUAUAGAUUCUUCAAUUGAAGAUAGAAAACAUUUGGGUAUUGCGGAUGAGAAGGUGGUGUUACAACCUAAAAGUUCAGUGUCUCUUGACUCAUCUCUUUGGGUUUGUUCUGAUAAUUCAAAUCAUAAUAUCCAAAUGGAAAUGCAUUCCAACAAAAUAUGCUCAGAAAAGCAAGUGUUGACAAAGCCUGAUUACCAAGGAAAUAACUUCGAUCAAAAUUUGGUUGCAGUUUUAAGUCCAGAAAUGGUUGAACACCAGAAAAUAGAGUCAGAAAGCAAAGUUUCUAUCAGUAUGAAAGGUUCUGAUAGCCUAAUUCAGAAUCCUGUUUCAUGGAGAAACUUGAAAUUCGAUUCAAAGGGCCAGAAAGCAACCAAAUUGGUUAAUCAAGACUGCACUCAUGGCUCUAGUGAGGAUCCUACUACUUUGGGUAGCUCAAAGGUGGUUGGUGACAUGAAGAUUGUCUCAGAAAGCCAAUCACUUUCAAAGUUGAGCCACCACGAGACAUCGGAUACAAGCUUAUUGAAGCUACCUCUUGCCCUUCCUUUACCAAAAGCUCCUUCAGAAUCUUGGCUUAAGCGUACUUUACCCACAGUUUCCUCAAGGAACAUGUUGUCACGGUCUAAUCAUGCUGUUCAUCUUCAUGCACCAACUCAAUCUCCCAACACAGCAUUAUUGGAUCCUAAGUGGGAAAGAGUCGUUAAAUCUUCUAAUGUUAAUCAUGGGCAUCUGCAGUUUGCUCAGGAACUACUUCCACCUAUUCCAGAAGCCUAAAUUUUCUGGGGACCAGGCCUUUGAUAAUUUGAUUUUCUUGCUAUAAUGUGCAACAUUUUCUUAAUGUAAUUAUUUGUUCUCAUUAUUCUCCUCCUACAGUGUGAUCUCUUUUUUGCUUCUAUAUACUAGAGGUGGUAUACAAAUCAAAGUGUAAAUCAAAGUUGCCUUUCUAUCCUGUAAAUGUAAUAAGUUGUUUAAAUAAAAACUGUCCUUGUAAAUCCCAUAAUCUUUAAGGUGUUAUGUUUUGUAAUAAUCAGGGCAAAGGCCUUUUGUCCAGGAGAUAUUGUUUAUUCAGAAAAUGCUGCAAAGAAUAAUUUAUG